AAACACGUGAUUAUUUAUGUGUGAAGAUUUGGAUGUGAUCAAAUGAUCAAAAAAAAGUGUGUCGGUUUUUUUUUUUUAAAUGUUUAACAUAUACUGAGUAAUAUUAGUUCAAAUUUCAAAUACCAUUUCUUUUGUUUUAGUCCAUGUCAGAAUUUUUUUUUGACAGAUUGUUUUUGUCUUAGUCUGUCAGAAAAAAAAUCUAACAAAGACAGUGCAGUGAGUAAAAGAGAAAUGAGAAGAGAAUGAAAAGAAGAAUGAAAAGGGAGGAGAGAAGAUCAGGGUCAUUAUGCGCUUCUCUUUCACACUCUUCAUGCUCUAGCUGCUGGGAUUAGCUGAAAAAACAAGUGCGAACAACAAAAACAAGAAAAUGACCCAGAUCUUGAGUGUUCUUUGCGUGUUUUUGUUAUUUCAUGGUGUUGAAGGGGCUGUUCAGGAGAAGGUGGUCGAGGAGAAUAAAAAUGAGAGGCUCACAUGUGUCGGGGCUUCUUCAGCAACAGUCUUCUGGCUCAGGCUGAAAGAAAACGGCCAGGGCUUUGAGUACGUUGCGACAUACAGCAAGAGUAAGAAUUCAGGCAAAGUAUCUGACAAAAAUAAAUUUUUUGUGAGUGAGAAAUCUUUCGAAAUAACCAGUUUUGAGAAGCAGAAAGACAGCGGCACUUACAGCUGCGUUUCCAUCAACAACAACGAGCUGCAGUUCGGCGGCACCACCAAACUGCGCGGAGAGACAGUCCCAACAACAAUCAAACCGAAGAUACAAACAACCCCCGUCCAGCAAGCGGCUAUCACGACAAAACCUGCAGUGACAUGUGGACGGAAUUCCAAAGUAUCCACAUCAGGGACAAAGUCUGAAAGGUUAGAUGUGCUUUUGGGUUGUGAGCUGCACAUCUUCAUUCCUUUGGCUGCUGGCUGUGGACUUCUCCUCCUGAUUCUGGUCAUCACCAUUCUUUACUGCAAUCGUAUAAGAACAAGACGAUGCCCUCACCAUUACAAAAAACAAUCCCGAAGCAGACCAGCAGGCCACAAAACUCUACCCAGUCCUCCAGACUAUUAGACACAGUGACCAAGAAACAUAGUGUUAAACAUUUCAAUUUGUUUUUUUUUUUAUUUACAUUUCUAAUCUCUAGCUCUCAGAUCUUUUCUUACAAAAUUAUUUCUGCAAGCAGUAUUCCUUGAAAUGCUUAACAUAAAUACUCUAUUUGGAUUUGGUUUGUAGAUAAUUUUAAUAGAUAGUUUGUACUUGUUAAGAUAUUUAAUUUGGCUUCUUCUUCUUCUUAAUAAUAAUAAUAAUAAUAAUAAUAAUAAUAAUAAUAAUAAUAAUAAUAAUUUGUUUUGUUUUGUUUGUAAAUGUGUGUAAUCCCAUAGUUUUAAAGCUAUAGCUACCAAUCUUUUCACAUACACUUAAGGAAAACAAAGUAAAACUCCUCCAAACUUCCCACCUAUAAACAGUUUGGUGUCAUGUAGGAGGUGUGGCCCAACAUUUGAAGUUAUAGAUUAGAAAUAUUUUGAUUCCUUUAUAGUUAGAGUUUUAGUUUUUUUUUUUUUUUCAAAACUAUAACCUUAUUUUGCUAUUUUUAAAGAUUAUUUAUGUGCAAAUGUGUACUGAAGCGAGUACAUGAUGAUUUAGAUGUGCAGUUUGCACAAAAUUAAACUGAUAGCAAUCGCUUCACUUACACUAGGCUUCUUACUCCAAUGCAAACUAAAGAAGCAAACUUCAGACACAAAAUGUUUUCCCUGAUUAACCAUAGCUGGGGUAAAGGAGGACAUUCUGUAGUAAAUUUGGCCCUUUGGGAUCAUUUUGCACCAAAUUAUUGAUUUAAACCUUUAACUUAAACUCCACCGCCAUCUGCAAAGUUCCUGUUAUUAACUUUUCAACAUUUUUAUUUGGUCCUUUUUUUCUUUUUUUUUUCUUUCUUCCUGUUAUUCUUCCUUUCUUUUGUCGCUCUAUCAUAUACACAAAGGUUUUAUGUUCAUUCUUUUCAGUAAAGCAUUGUAUUUCCUUCAUGGUACUCAUAUCUACUUGUAUUAGACAAAAAAAAAAAAAAAAGAUAAAAAAUCAAUGUAGUAUAUGUAGUCACUUUUAAUCUGUUAUUUAAACCCGAAAACUAUAAGAGCAUGGGUCACUAGAACAGCAAAAAAAAAAAAAAAUAAAUGUAGGGUAUUUCCUUUGUGUGUUGUUUUUUUUCUCUGGUAUUUCAGGUGCCAUCUACUGGCAUAAAAGUAUCAUUCAUUUAUAACACAAGAUCUGUUUCUGAGAUUUGCAUGUAUUUAGUUAUAUGUAGUUAUGUAUAGUGUAGGAUUUCCCAUGCUCUUCUAAUAUAAAUGGGUAAAGAAAAAUAAAAUUAAUUAAAAAAAAAAAAUACUUGUCUCCUACAAGCCUCCUCUCUCACCUCAGUUAUACACACCCACAUAUACGCACACACACACACACGCACACACCAAAAUGGUUUCAAAGCACAGGAAAGGUAAUAUGUCUAUUUUCAUUCACUGCUUUAACCUCAUUCGACUUGAAAUUGGAAGUCGGAGCUCAGAAUUACGUCAUUUUCGACCCCUGUAC